CGCGCCCUGGCCAGCUAUUUCAAGCAUGGAGCAUAAAAACAUAUUAGAAAGCACAUUUGCGAGUCUGCGCAACAUUACCGAUACUGAAUUGGAUGCCUUGUUGCACUUUGAUAGCCCACCGCCAUCCAGACGGUUCUCGAAUAACACAGAGCAACAACGGCUGAACGAUAAUAAUGCAUUCGCAGAUCGAACGCUUAGUAUCUUACAAUUUAAUCGGGAGGAGCUUCCCUCACAAAUGAAUUCUCAAGUUGGCGACAUAAAUUAUUUUCCCGAUGAUCUGGACCUUACUCUUAAUUUUUCUCAACAAGCUUCAGAGAGACCUCAGUCUGUUAUAUUUAAUUCGCCGGAAGUAGCAAGUAUUGAAGUAACCAACACCGAAAUCCAAAAGCCAGUAAACGAAGGAACGCAAAAUGAAUGUAUUUCUGGGAGAAUUCAAAAUACAGCAAUGCAGAUAGAAUCUUUUGAUGAAAUUGUUAAAAAAGAAUUAAUGGAUUUGACAAUAUUUGAAAACUUUUCUGAUGAUGAUUUUCCCACUUGUAAGGAUGUCGAUAUGCAUUCAUCACCAGAACAAGACGCUUUAAAAGCUGCCGAUUCAAGACAAAAGCGAGCGUGUCAAACUCAGGUGGAUGCUCCAAAACAAGAAGAUCAUCCAACAAAGCCUUUCUUCACAUCGUGUCCAGUACCAAACCGCAUCGAGCAGAGCCCAGCUUUACCCAGCACUAUUUCCGCUGAUGAUCAAAUGAGAUUGACGAGUUCGCCAGCAAACAUACAAUUAGAUGCCGUUGAUUACACUUUCAAAACUGUUGACAAAUCGCAUCCUUCAGCUCAGUGUCAUGAAAAUUUGCAACACUCACUAGCUGCCGCUGCUAGUGCGAUUACGAGUUCGCCAGCAUACAAUUUAACAACGGACACCACCAUGGUGCCAGCGUCUGUGAAGCAAUUGUAUGAUCUUGUGCGCACACAGUACUCCGAUUUUGCCUUUGUCUAUGCGUUAAGUGCACAGCUGUGCCAAGAUCGUGUGCCAAUGGAUUGUUUCGUUAAUUUGAAAAUGGGUCUACUGCUUAGCUUAGCUUCCAUCAGCUCUAAUCCCGAUCGGCCACCCGUACCUAUAAUGGCAAUUGGCAGCGACACCUAUAUGGCUAACUUUUUACUUACUAAUAUAGGGCAGCUGGCAGCGCGCUUUGUUGGACCAUCAGACGACGUCAAAGCGCCAUCCAUUAGUAACUAUCGCAACUGCAAUUGGAUUGUAGCCGACCCAAUACUGCUAGCGAAAGAUGGUGUUUAUUUUGUUGGCGAUUGGUCGCGCUUGAAGCUGACGCGGGCCGAUCAACUUUUCCGCAUAAUCGAAUGUUCACGAGUGUCCCUUGAGCGUUCAACACUAACAUGUCCAUUAGAGUGCGCAAUUUGGACACACUGGCGGUCAUAUAAGGGCGAUGCCAGAGAUCAGCAAACUUUUAAUAAAGUGGUAAAAAUUUUCGGCAUUCCUAUUUGUAUGGACGACGACGAUAAGCACGAGGUGCUCGUCGAUUACAUUUUGGAGCAGUCGUCAGUCAACGUCUUUGAGUCGACCGUUGAUCACUUGUCAAUUAGCAGUGAUGAUAUGCGUUGUUUUCUAAGGACGAUUACUAAACGUACCGUUGAUUUGACACCGGAAGCCUCGCUUUUGUUGCAAAAAUACUUUGUAACGGCGCGCUUCGCUCGGCCGGAAUGCCUAACCAAACAAGCGUAUGUGGUAUUGAAACAAUUUGCGGAGUCAUUUGCAAAACUUUGCUUCCGCCAUGAAGUGUUGGCUUGCGAUGUCGUUGCAGCUGUUUUCAUGUGCGAACGCUUCAUACGCAGCAUUUUUGGUGUGACCGAAAAUUCACCGCCUGCAUUUGAAUCACAUAAUUUUGUGGGCACUGUGGACGAGCACAUGGUGAAAUUUCAAGAUUGGCUUAAUGCUUAUAUAAAAAAAUAUGAAGAUAAAUAAUUGCCUGGCAUUAUCAGAAAUCGAAUACCACCAGAAGCACAAAAAACGCCAGUUAACAGUAUUUUCUUAAAAAAUUACAUUUUAUUUUAGAAUCAUAUUUUAAUAACGUAGAGUUUACAAAUAGAUUAUAUGUAUGCA